GUGUUCAACUGUGAAUAUCUGAAAAGUAGCCUGAAAAUGGAGAGAUGCUGUGGUCUCGUUACGGAUAAGAAAGAAAAAGUUCCCCUGAAGAGUGUGGAAGUGGAUGUGCAGGUGCAGGGCCAUGUGGCCACGGUGUCCUCCACUCUGCUGUAUGUGAAUGAAGAGCAGCGCCCCCUGGAGGCUGUGUUUGUGUUCCCGCUGCCCGCAGAAUGUGCCCUCUGCCACUUCAGCGCCAAACUAGGAGACGUGGAGGUGGUGGCAAAGCUGCAGGAUAAACAGAAGGCACGCGAGGAGUAUGAUGAUGCACUGAGCUCAGGCAAGCAGGCUUUCCUGCUGCAGGAGAGCGAGCAGAGCCCAGACAUCUUCCAGCUGAAUGUGGGCAGCCUGCCUCCAGAACAGAGUGCCGCCAUCACGCUGGUCUACAUCUCCGAGCUGGCCAUGCAAGCUGACGAUGCCCUGCGCUUCUGUCUGCCUGCUGUGCUCAACCCCCGCUACACGCCACGGGACGUGGACCAGAGUCAAAUGGCCACUAUAACAUCAGUGCCGGCUGAUGCAGUUCCGUACACGUUAGCUGUGAGGGCUCACCUGUCCUCCCCCCAGCCCAUCUCUAAAGUGGAGUCCAACUGCUCUCUGGAGCCCCUAGAGUACCUCAACUCAGAUAAAACAGGGGCCAAGGUGAGUUUGUCUUCAGGGCACAUGUUUGAUCGGGACGUGGAGCUGCUCUUCUAUUACCAAGACGCUCACAAGCCCACUGCCAUUGUGGAGGUUGGACAGGAGAGCACAGAACCAGGAUCUCUGAUGAAGGACCCCAUUGUUAUGCUCAGCUGCUACCCAGAAUUCCCAGCUUCAGUGACGUCCUCACUUGCUUCUUGUGGGGAGUUUAUUUUCGUGGUGGACCGCUCGGGCAGUAUGGACUGCAAGAUGCACUCUGGAAAAGAUGCCAAGAUGCGCAUAGACAGUGCUAAGGACACCCUUCUCUUGCUCCUCAAGAGCCUUCCUAUGGGCUGCUACUUCAACAUCUAUGGCUUUGGCUCCCGUUUCGAACAUUUUUUCCCGAAGAGUGUUGAGUACAACCAGAAGACCAUGGACGAAGCUCUUGCCAAAGUAAAUGGCAUGAGGGCAGAUAUGGGGGGCACUGAGAUCCUGCAACCACUGAAGCACAUCUACAGCCAGCCCUGUGUUCCCAAUCACCCCAGACAGAUCUUCAUGUUCACUGAUGGAGAGGUGGGAAACACAAAGGCCGUUUUGGACCUGGUAAAACUUAAUGUACAUUCUCACCGAUGCUUCUCUUUUGGUAUCGGUGAGGGUGCCAGCACUGCUUUAAUCACUGGCUUGGCCAAGGAGGGUUCUGGGCAUGCUCAGUUCAUCACAGGAACAGACCGCAUGCAACCCAAGGUGAUGCAGUCUCUCCGCUAUGCACUGCAGCCAGCAGUGAAGGACAUCUCAGUGGAAUGGACCCUUCCAAAUGGCGUGUCAGUCACCACUUUGUCUCCUCCACUCAAAGUGCUAUUCCAUGGCCAAAGGGCACUUCUGUAUGCUCAACUCAAAGGAGAGAGCCCUGGAAAUCCUGAGGGAUCUGUGACGAUACAGUACAGCCUGCUGGAUCAGACAGUGAAGAACCAACUCAACUUCAGUCUAAAACCUGCAGGUGGCACAGGAGUGACUGUGCACCGGCUGGCUGCUCGGACCCUAAUGAGGUCCAUGGAGAUGGAGGAGAGGGCUCGUGGGCCAGAGGCGAAGGCUGCUCGAGAGAAGCUCCUGGAGCUGAGCCUGCAGUCAGGAGUCAGCUGUGCACACACGGCCUUCAUCGCCACCCACAAGGCCAGCGGAGAGACAGUGCAGGGGCCUCUGCUCCACAGACCUGUGCCAACACCAGGAAUGGCUCGGCCAAUGGCUCGAAAAAAAGCCAAAUCUGCACCUCUAAUAAAAAUUAAAAAGGCAACACUUUGGGCUGGCCGGGAAGGAAAAAUGUUCAAAUCUGCCAGUUGUGCGCCUCCAAUGGCUGAGAUGGAGUAUGCUUUGCUUGACUGUGUCGAUGACCUAGAUAUGGAACCAGAGUCACCCCAGAUCACAGAUCCCCUUCUUCAGCUGAUCUCCCUCCAGAAGGCGACUGGCUCGUGGCACAUGGACAGCUCAUUGGCUAAAGUACUGGGAACGACAGAGGACAAGUUGGCCAAGGGGGAACCGAAAGGGGUGGACAAGGCUGUGUGGGCUACAGUUCUGGCUCUGAUAUGGCUCCAUGGCUUCCAGCUGAAGGCACGUGAUGAAUGGCAGUUUGUGGCCAUGAAAGCAGCAUCAUGGAUCCAAGCCCAGAAAGUAGGCAAUAUCUCUCAGUGUGUGGAGGCUGGAAAUGCUCUGCUGGGAUGUGUGGUGGAUCAGAAGACUCUAGGCCUCUAAGGACCUCCCAGCCUGUCUGCAUGUGUCUCCCUGUGUCUCUCUUCUCAUUACUGACAUUUUUUUGACCUGCUGCUGCAAAUUGCUACUGUAAUGUUUGUUUAUAAAGGUCCCUGGGGUGCGUUUCUGGUCAAAAUCAUUGCGAACAAACAAAGUUAGCAACUUACUUGGUUGUAAUGCAGUUUUUCAUAGGAAACCUAGAAAGUUGCUAACUGGUUACUUGGCAACAAUGCUCUCGGGAAACGGGCUCCUGGUUAGUAAAACCAGGUCAUUUUGGAAGUUGACUCCAACUGAAGUUUAGUGUGUAAAUUUAAUUUGGGAGAAAUGGGACACAGCCACUUCCAUACCCCUAAACAUAUUUGUGGUCUGUGUGGUGUUAUUAAUAAUAACAUUCAAUUUAAUGAAAUAUGGUAAUUUGAUUUAGACAGAGCAAUAUCACAUUGGAUAAGA